AUGAACAAGAAAUCAACCAUGAAACUCGUGAUCCUCUUUGGGAUUAUCCUUCUCGCCGUCUACGUGGAAGAAGGGGAGGCGAUUUGUUGCGCACGCGGGGGUUUUCUCGGUUUUGGCUGUUGCAGUUAUAAACCGUGCAACAUCUUUUGCUGCAAUUGCGACGCCCAAUGCAGGAAUUAUUGUGCCCGACGAAGUUUCGACAGUUUCCUCACCAAGAGGAACGCGGAGCAGGAGGAGCAUGGACAUCCGAAGUCGAAGUUCCACGACAUCGACGGGGACGGUGACCGGAGGAUCUCGUUCGAAGAAGCACUAGACUACCUGGAGACGAAGGCUUCGUUAAACAGGACCUUGCUGGAGCAGUCGACGGAGUGGUGGGCAACGAUGGACACCGACGGAGAUGGAUUGUUGAAACCGGUCGAGUUGGAUUCGAGCCUCGGAUGAUUCCUGAUUCGGCUUCGCGCGUUUUCUUACUGUCGUCCAGGAACGCUUGGACCCCAU